AUGGGAAGGUGUAAACUCCCGGAACGGGAACGAGACGCCGGUUACUGCCUCCUUUUCGUCGAAAAUCUCAGAGGCGCCGCACUUGAGUGGUUUUCUCGUCUUGACAGAAACUCCACCGGAAGUUUCCGCCAGCUAGCCUCGGCAUUUCUCAAACAAUUCUCCAUGUUCAUGGAUAGAGAAACUUCCGACGUGGACUUAUGGAGUUUAGCUCAGAAAGAAGACGAGCCACUCCGCGAAUUCAUGAGAAGAUUCAAACUGGUGAUGUCCAGGGUAACGGGAAUCAGCGACAAAGUCGCAAUAGAUGCCCUAAGAAAAACCCUCUGGUACAGGUCAAAGUUCCGAAAGUGGAUAUCUCUGGAAAGACCGCGGACGAUCCAGGAUACCCUCCAUAAGGCCACAAACUUCAUCAUCAUGAAAGAUAAGAUGAAAGUCCUAGCGCAAAAGCACAGGCCGCAGAAACCAUCCUGCAAGAAGAAAUCCUCCCGUAACGACAAAGUACGUCCACCACGAGGGGAAGACGUCCAAGGCGAACAUAACUACACCGUCAAUUCCGAACAGGGUAAAACCUCCGGAAAAACUUGGACCAGGAACCAGUACAAGGAUAAUUCCUACUGCGAGUUCUAUCAGGUCAGAGGUCACUCCACCACCAACUGCAAGGUCCUUGGCGCCAGGCUCGCUGCAAAGCUCUUCGCCGGCGAACUAGCAAAGGUCACGAGCAUAAAAGACCUGGUCCUGGAUUCCGAUCGCCCGCCGAAGACUGAUAAGGCCGCUCCCGAGAACAGUGCGCCUGAAAAUCAGUCGGCUUACGGGCAAAAAGCCGAGACCAGUUCCAACUGGCUUCCGGAAAACGACGUCCCCAACCACACGAUCGUUUUCGAGGAACAAGAAACCGUCGGAAUCGACAAGCCUCAUUACGAUCCUCUAGUCAUCGAUUUGGUAAUCCAAGAUCUCGAAGUCGGCCGCAUCCUUGUCGAUACAGGAAGUAAGGUCAACAUCAUGUUCCGCGACACCCUCCAUAGGAUGGAUAUCCCGCUUGGAGAAGUCAUCCCGGAGCCAAGACCUCUAACUGGAUUCUCGGGCGUCACCUCGAUGACCCUCGGGAGAAUCAAACUCCCGGUCAUGGCUAAGGAAGUUACAAAAAUCGUUGAGUUUGCAGUAGUUGAUAAUCUGGCCAUUUACAACGUGAUUAUGGGAACCCCCUGGAUAAACGCCAUGAAGGUAGUACCAUCCACAUAUCAUCUUGGCAUCAAAUUCCCGACUCCAACUGGAACCGCAGUAAUCUGGGGAAGCCAGAAACAGUCUAGACUUUGCUUCCUAGCCGAGCACCAACUACGAAAAAACCGGAAUGCCCCCGCGGCUAACCCAAAGCGAGCGAACAAAUCGCUAAACAUUCCCGAGAACUCGGGAAAGGAUGAUCCAGAAUCGUCCAAUUUAGCAACGACUCAAGACGACGUCAAAGUCCCCGAGUCCAUCGCCGUAGAAGCGGACAACUCAACUCCCGAAAAUACCGCCGACCUAGCUAGUACGGUUGAGACGUCGACACUCGGAGAGUAG